AUGUCGUCGCAAAAGAAGCGUUCCCUGGCGACGGGACAGCCGGCAUGGCUACUACAGAAGUACGCAGAGAACCAGAUUGGUCAGUCUCUUGAGCGCGCAGAGAUGUCAAAGUACGUGGGUAACGCGAGGUUGGCAGCCUUGGCAUCGAUACCGAUAAUCCUAAUCUUAGCGGCUAAUGUCAUCCAGCCUCCGAAGUACCAGCUCAAGAUGUUGCACGCCUUACAUUCGCCCGCCCAUCCUUCGAUGCACGUCGACUCUUGGCCCGGAAAAUUCCUCAUCAUCUCCUACCUCGACCCGCUCUCGCGCGACAGCCAACUAUGCUACAAAGGACCCGAUGACGCCUAUAUCGUCGUCUUCUGGGUCCUCAUAUGGACAGUAGCCAGAGAGGUCCUCAUGAGGUACUUUUGGUAUCCUCUCGGACGCGCUUGGGGCAUCAAAAAGCAAGGCGACAUCAUGAGAUUCGCCGAGCAGGGCUGGAGCUUGGCCUACUAUACCGUCUUCUGGCUCAUGGGCGCCCAUAUAAUGGCAACUUCACCUUACUCGCCAUACCCAGACUUUGACCUUUCGAGAAUGUGGAGAGGCUAUCCUUUCAUCACGAUCUCUGCGCACAGCAAGUGGUACUAUCUCGUACAGACCGCCUUCAUCAUCCAGCAGCUCAUCGUGCUCAAUAUCGAGAAGAAGCGGAAAGAUUUCACUCAGAUGCUCAGUCAUCAUAUCAUCACCAUCGCUCUCGUCGUGGCGAGCUACACGACCAACAACACGCCUAUCGGCACAGCAAUACUGUCUGUCAUGGACUUUACAGAUAUCGUCCUGCCAGCUGCCAAGAUGCUAAAGUACAUGGGCCUGACGACAGCGUGCGAUGCUGCAUUCGGACUCUUCAUCGUCUCCUGGAUCAUCACACGGCAUGUCCUCUUCGGCAUACUUCUCUACUCCGUCAUCGUCGACGUACCGAGGUAUACGCCUUACAUCUGGGAACCGGCGAGGGGCCUGUUCCUCGAUUACUGGAGUCACCAUCUCUUCAUCUUAGCGCUCGGUGCUCUGCAGUUCAUCAUACUGCUGUGGCUCUUCAUGAUUCUCAGAGUGCUCUACAAAAUUCUGACAGGCGCCAACGCGGAGGAUGUCCGGAGUGACUCCGAAGACGACGAUAUGCAACCAGAAGAGGCAGAGCCGCUGGUCGCUACAAACGGACAGACCAAUGGGCUGGCUCACGCGGUAGCCAAAGACGUCAAAAAGCGGCAAUAG